ACAAUAUACAACCGUAGACAACAAUAUACAACCGUAGAUAACAAUAUACAACCGUAGACAACAAUAUACAACCGUAGAUAACAAUAUACAACUGUAGACAACAAUAUACAACCGUAGAUAACAAUAUACAACCGUAGACAACAAUAUACAACCGUAGAUAACAAUAUACAACCGUAGACAACAAUAUACAACCGUAGACAACAAUAUACAACCGUAGACAACAUUAUACAACAGUAAACAACAGCAUACAACCGUAGACAACAAUAUACAACCGUAUACAACAAUAUACAACCGUAGAUAACAAUAUACAACCGUAGACAACAAUAUACAACUCUUACAACACUAUGUAACGUUACUUUAUGACAUUUGCAAGUUGCCGCUUUUGUAACUACCGACAACCUCUGUUGAUUUCGCAUAAAACUAUAGCAAGAAAAUCAUAUUAAAUAGAACGUUUAGCCCCAUUAUGUACAAAAGCUGAACGUUGUUAAUCACGUUUUGAAAUUCAAUAAGAAAAAUCCAGCAUUCAAAAAUUAUAAACGUAAUUGCAUAAGAAUAGCUGUAUAGAACUUCCAUUAAGAAAACAACGGCAAUUCAUUAAGUUAAACAUUAGUUCCUACGUACUUCUUGGUUUCAAUGAAUUAAACUAUAAAUACAUAGAAUCAAUUUGUUUUUUGUUCUUCUUUGAUUUCAACGUUUAUGUGUGGGCGUUCAACACCAAAAGCAAGGAAAAUCUUUCAUGUCUGAUUUCAAAGUAUAACGAUUUCAACCAAUAGUACGUUUGUGAAAAUGAGAAUCGUGAAAGAAAAGUACGACAUUAGCAUGCGAUGGACUUAGAUUUUAGUCUUUUUUCAUGACAAUUAUGUCACUGGCUGUAGUGACAGGUGGUUAGACCGAAGACAGUUCUCAUGUCACAGAAAUGAAUGAGGCUGCUGUACACGUGUUAUAGCUGGGUAAUACUUUGAUUUCAUAAUAGUUGUUUGUACAAAAAUAACAAGAAGAUUAAAAGACAAAACUCUAGUGGUUUAUUUGAAAUGUUUUAAAAUCAAGCGAACUUCAAAAGUCUGCGUUAUGUUCUGCGAAGAGUUACCUUUUGGUUAAUUGAGAAUCAUUACUCAUGGCUUUCAAGGUUUUUGUAUUGCUUGUCGUGAUUAUUUUGUUGUUUCACCAAAAGGGUGUUGCAAAACCAUUGAAGUCGAGGCAUAGAACGGAGAACACGGAACUUGUUCGAGAAAAGCGAGAAGAAUUUGAGGACGAAGAAGGUUCUAACGAGAUGCAAAAGUUCAUGUUGGAUCUUUCAUCAAAAGAAGAUAUCAGAAGAUUAAAUGAAAGGUUCAAAUCAGAUGCACCGCCAAAUAUCGAGAAUGAUGCUAUGUAUCGACGAUUAAAACGUUUCUCCAUUUCUGAUGAGGACGUCAAUGAGCGAAGAAGAUCUCGAAUGUCUAAAAUCAAGACAAUGCCAUUGUUUUUACAUGGGACAAUAAAGAGUAAUCAGGGUGAUAAUGAGGACAUUGUGGACGAUAACUCAAGUCCUGUUGCUAAAGAAGAAAGAGCCAAGUACGAUGAUCAAUUGGAACAUUUCAGUGAUAACAUUUCUAAUGUUAUUCGAAGAUCGGAACCACCCUAUGAUGCUCACAAGGAAGGGUCGAUGUAUUUUAAAGAUGAAAAGACAUCGAACGAAAAGGGCGAGAGACCACACAGAGACAUGGUGAAACGUUUGGAGAAGAAAAAGACAAUUGGUGGUAAAAAGAACGAGGAUUUUACGAUACAAUCCGAAAGAAAAACAGCAUCAGACAACGAACAUGAAAAGAACGGGCUUCUCUCUCAAAGAAAUGUUCAAGAAACUGAAUCUGUGAAUUCGCACCUCACAGCUGGUGCAUCAUGGGAUCUCAUUCAUCAUAAUCCAAAAGUCAAUGCACAUGACUUUAAAGAGUAUGAACAAGUGGUGGCUUCGCACACGAAGUCACAUAUUUCACACGAGCGCCUUGCUAGGUCAAUUGAAUAUGAUUACGAAAUGCAUGAGAUAGGGGAAAUGAUUAAAAAUGACUACGAGAAACCAGAUACCAAUGAUGAAAGUGACAAAAGUUUUGUUGUGUUCAAUAAGAAAGCAAUAAGAAAAGACGGAUAUAUCGGCUGUUAUAUUGACCAGCACCCAAAUCAUGAUCUAAGCAAUCUGUUCGUGGUGAACAAUCUCACUUCAAAAUCUUGCCGAUCAGUUUGCAGACAAAAAGGUCACUUUUAUGCUGGUGUUCAAUAUGGACACCUGUGUCACUGUGGGGAUGGUUAUGGUAAGUAUGGUGAAGCAAGUGAACAUGAGUGUAAUUCAGUUUGCAUGGGAGACAAGAGAAAAAAGUGUGGUGGAUUUUGGAGAAACUCUGUCUAUACAUCGGAUGUUCUUGAAAAUGAACAUCACAAUGACGAAACGUAUGAUUCAACCGGACACCAAACUCGCGCACAUAUCGAUCGAAUUAUACCACUUUUCAAUGAAGAGCCUGUGGAUGAACCGCCGAUACGUCAGGACAUUACUGUUUACUUAAGGUCAGAAAUGUCAAAUACAAACGAAGAACUCCAUAACAAAGAUGAACAGCCUUCAAACAGAAUCGCAAUUUCACGUAAAAAUGAUGCAAGAAAGAAACUAACACAUUUUAAAGACAAUAACACUGUCAAACCUUUACAGAGGACGACUAAUUUGGACGAAAAAGAAAAGAGAGGCAAUGAAUUAAAGAAGAAACAAACAGAUGCACUCAGCAAGCAUUUCAUAAAGAAAUCAAAACGGCAAGACGAGGUUGAAUCGUUCCUGAAGAAGGUGUUUCGCCAAAUCUGAAGAGUUCAAUGGGGGAAAUAUUUGCCUCAAAAACGUUCCAAAACAAGAGCAUCGCAAUCAUUUAUAAGUGGAAAAAAUUGGAAAUAUAUUUUAAAAUUGACGUCUAUCCUAAGUAGCGUUAGGAUACCUUUGGCGACCUAAAUUUGUAUAUAUAUAUAGUAUGACUUGGGCAUUAAAUAUCGCUCAAUACA